AUAACCUCACUCUCAGUGUUUGGCUCAAGUUCCCCCCUCAAGUUAUGUUUGAAGUGUAAAGGUCUUAACACAUUAGGCGAAUCGGUGACUCAGCUGUUAAGCUCUGUGUUGGUAAGUUCAUUUUGGUUUUGUUGUAGCGAUGGCUCAAAGUCUCGCCGUACGGAUGUGCGAAUUCCAAGAGACAACUCACUUAUGGUUGAAGGACAUCAUUACGGCCCGGCAGAUGAACGCAAACAAGAAGACAGACCAGCCUGGGAACAGAAAGAUUUAUCAUCGCCGUCUACGAUCAGCUUGGACAGCGGUCACAGUAGUAUCACUUCAAGAAUCAAAGAUACGUUACGUCCCUCGUCACCAGCUCGCCCAUCCUCACCAGCCUCGUCUCCGCGUAGAGUGAUCCCAAUCCCCACAGCGAGCCGUUCCAGACCUUCCUCAGCUCGAAGUGCUUGCAGCAACCAUGCUCACGAGAACACUUCCAACUUUUCAGUGCGUGAUUUCAAGCAUUUCUGUUGGGAUGACGAGUACUUGCUAACGGAAGACUACAUGAGGCAGAGAGAAGUCUGGGCAGCAGUUAAUAUUCAGCGGAUUUUCCGAGGCUUCAUUGCCAGACAGUAUUUAAAACAACUCAGAGUAGCUGAUGUGGAAAGGCAAAGAAAGGCAGCAGUUACAUUACAAAGGUACGUUAUUCGCAAAUCACGUGCACUCUGGUCUUAAAAGUGACAGUAAGCGACCGUGUUCUAUGACGUUACACAUCGUCACGCAACACAAAGUGUUGCGCGGCGAACUUUAUCUCCAAUACCUACUUUCGGAUACUUGUAGCUACAACUUCUCGUAGGGAAAAUGUGAUAAUAU